AUGCCAGUGGCUGCACCCAUGUCAGACAGAGCCAAUGCCAGCCAGGCCCAGGACAUAUUCACCAAAGCUGAGCCCAUCAGCGAUGCUGAGGGGCACCGAGCUGAGCCGGUUGCCUGCAAUGCAGCUGCUCAUCCCAGCCAUCCCUUGCCUGCUGGGCUCCUGCUGCCUCCAGUGCCAAAGGGAGGUCCCUGGGGCUUGUGGGGGCACAAGCCAUUCUGCCCCAGAGGCUACACAAAGGGAUUUGAAUUGAAAGUCCAGCCCUUGCAGGGAUUUUGGCUGUUUGGUGAUGACACAGCUCUGAACGGCAUCUGCCUCACAGUCAUCGAGUCCUCCGUGGGGUGGUGGGGGAACUGGACCGAGGCCCAGCUCUGCUCCAGCAACAAGCUGGUGUCGUUCUCGCUGUGUGUGGAGGUGGCAGUCAACAACCUGAGGAUCACCUGCUCCAAUGGGACCAACCUGGAGGGCUGGGGAUUUUCAGGGGGUCACUUCGGCCCAUGGAGCAGCAACUGCACCUCUGGGGCCAUCUGUGGACUCCAAACAAAGGUGGAGAAACACCAGAGAAAGUGGGAUGACACAGCUCUCAAUGACAUAAGAGUGUUCUGCUGUGAGUAA